AACUUAUUUUAACAGGACCUCGAUACUUGAGGGGUAAGUCAUACCUCGAAACAGAAGGCAUCGCCUUCAUUGUGAAGUUUGAAGCAAGAUUGACUAAUCCUUCACGCGCUAUUUCACCAACCAAACCAUCCAUCAUCCUCUCGCUGUUUUCCUUUCUCAACACAAAGAGAAGGGAAAAGGAGAAAAUUAAAAGCAGAGAUAGAAAACUGCUAAACCAAAGAUCAAGGAAAUGGGGGAUCACAUUAGAAGAGGAGAAGAAUUCGAGAAAAAAGCAGAUAAGAAAAUCAACGGCUGGGGUUUACUGGGCUCUAAAUACGAAGAUGCUGCUGAUUUGCUUACCCAAUCCGCCAAUCAAUUUAAACUCGCCAAAUCUUGGGAUAAAGCUGGGUCUGUUUUCAUCAAGUUGGCUAAUUGUCAUUUAAAGUUGGAUAGCAGGCAUGAAGCUGCUACUGCUUAUGUAGAUGCUGCAAGCUGCUACAAGAAAACAUCAACUAAAGGGGCUAUCUCGUGCUAUUUGCAAGCAGUGGAUAUUUAUGUUGAUAUGGGAAGGUAUAGCAAUGCUGCAAAGUAUUGCAAGGAAAUUGGUGAGUUGUAUGAGCUCGAGCAAAACAGUGACAAGGCUAUUAUGUACUUUGAAAAGGCUGCGGAUUAUUUUGAAUUUCAAGAAUCAAACUCCCUUGCUAACAAGUGCAAGCUGAAAGUUGCAGAAAUUUCUGCUCAACUUGAACAAUAUCAGAAAGCAAUUCAGAUAUAUGAAGAUGUAGCACGACAGUCGCUCAACAAUAACUUGUUAAAAUAUGGAGUACGAGGACAUCUUCUCAAUGCUGGGAUUUGCCAACUCUGCAGAGGCGAUGUUGUUGCCAUAACCAAUGCACUGGAGCAAUAUGAGAAUUUGGAUCCAACAUUUUCUAGAACUCGGGAAUACAAAUUUUUAUCCGAUUUAGCUACUGCCAUUGAUGAGGAGGAUGUUCCGAAGCUCACUUCCAUUAUCAAGGAAUUUGAUAGCAUUUCCAAGCUGGAUUCUUGGAAGGUCACACUUCUGUUGAAAGUCAAGAAUGCCCUGAAGUCCAAAGAACUAGAGGAUGAUUUGACCUGAAAAUUCCAGUGAUUCUUCUUUUCCAUAAUUCAAAAUAUUGCUCUCAGAGCUGUAUAUAUUAAGAGCAUAGCACUAGCUAUAGCGUACAUAUUUAUAUGUAUUUUUUUUUUCAGGUCCAUUGCUUUGCAAUUAUACUGGAAUAAAUAAGCUUGCAUUUUGUGUGAAAAAUUGAUAGAUAUUAAUGAAGGUUUGUCUUGAUACCUUAUUCAA